UCCUCUGGUUGGACCUAUCACUGUCAUUCCUAAAAUGAAUGUCAUUCUUUCCAGUCAGAGUGUUAAUGUCACCACAACCACUCUUAUAGCAAGUGGUACUUCUACCACCAUCCUGACUACCAGCAGCUCUGUCACCCUCAAACCAAGUAGAACACCCACUCAAAGGUCUACCAUGUCCAGCAGAGAAGAAACUAUCACUUCCCUUGCUUCUACGAUGCCGCCCAUCACGUUAGAGACGAGUAGUAGUAUCAUCCCUUUGACUCAAAGUGAAUCUGUUACUAUUGAUAAUGGAGCAGAACUGCAGCUGUUAUCAUGACACCAACUGCUGCCAAGAAUGCAACAAAAUCAAACACAGUGCAUACUAGCACUGCAACACCAACAAAUAUUGCCUUAGUGACAUCUUUUGCUUCAACUACAGAAAACUCUGGCCCAAAUUCGUUGAAUACUAAAGAUACUAUAUACACUUACGCUGACUGCUGCCACACUUUCUAUGAGUCAACUAUGAAGCUAACUUGGAGGUGUCGUGUUGGUUUUCCACUGUCAUAUCAGUUACAUAGUCUGGAAACUCACUGACUGGAAUAUCACUGACUCCUCACUGGAAUUGUAUUAACAACAGAUUAUCAGUUGCUCACGUAGUCAAGUCAAACUCACUCUCAUCAGUAAACAAAGGCCACUGUCAUCAUCGUCUCUCCAGCCCCUUUCCCUCAGUUCAUGUCUCUCUAACCGCUCCAAUCUCUUGGAGGUUGACUUCUGGUACUUACUCUGUGACUUCAUCUUUGUCUUGUCUUUCCUAUAUAACGUGGCAACAUGAAACAUCAACCAGACUCAAGGAAACUCGUUCUAAAACCUUUUAAACAGAACGAUGCUGCAGAUCAAAAUGAAAGCUACAAGUGAAUGUGUUUAUUCAAACCUCCUUCUAAAAAACAUAUUAGACAUCGGAGCAGGUAUAUACAUGGAACUGUUGGGGAAGGUGCAGAUUCACCUUCAGUUGCAGUUGCGACUGUGGCAACAGUAGAGGGUGCCAUUGUGGUUUCGAUGGGUGACAUUGUGGUUGUGCUAGGUGACAGGAGAAAAGUGCCCGGUACUGGCCUGAGUCACUGAGUGAGACCAUCACUCCUGGAGACAGACUCAGUGUCACUCUCUCUUCACCACACCUUAUGCCGAGUACCACGUCCGCAAACUCAUAGUCAAACAUGAUGGGAUGUUUUCUGCACCUGUUGCAUUUCUUUGUGCUCACAUUUCCUUGAUACCAUGCUAUUCUUGUUUCUACUCAUUUUGUGAUGUGGGCCAUCAUUCACGGUGUAUAUACACUUGAGGGUUUAUCUUUUGUACGUGUUGUAUUGAAGGCCUGUGUACUGAAAGCUCUAGUAGCUAAUUAACUAGGUUGGAAGAGAGACAUACCAUGGUUCUAACCUCACUGAUAAGCAGUUGUUCUGCUUUGCUUCCUUGAUUCCUCAGAAAAUUUUGUGUAAACUCCCUACAGCUGACAGAGUCUGACA